CUGGAGUGGUAGAGCUGUUCCCAGUGGCGUGUCAGCUGGAAAUUAUUGGACGAGGCAACUUUUGACUUUCAUCCGAAAGUGAUCUGAUUUUAUUUCUUCAAAUAUUCGCUGUUUUCUGCGUGCAAAUGGCUUCUUCUGAUGUGGCUCGACAGAUGGACAAGAACGCCCGUCUUCUGGCUCUAUCGGGACACGUCGGGUUCGACAGUCUGCCCGAUCAACUGGUCAACAAGUCCACGAGCCAGGGCUUCUGCUUCAACAUCCUGUGCAUCGGUGAAACUGGGAUCGGUAAAUCCACGCUGAUGGACACGCUCUUCAACACCAACUUCGAGAACUUCGAGUCGUCUCAUUUUGAGCCGAAGGUGAAGCUGCGAGCGCAGACGUACGAUCUCCAGGAGAGUAACGUUCGUCUGAAGCUCACCGUGGUGAACACCGUGGGCUUCGGCGAUCAGAUGAACAAACAAGAGAGUUACCAGCACAUCGUGGACUACAUCGACACACAGUUCGAGUCGUACUUACAGGAGGAGCUGAAGAUCAAGCGCUCGCUCCACAACUAUCACGACUCCAGGAUCCACGCGUGUCUCUACUUCAUUGCUCCGUCCGGACACUCGCUCAAAUCCCUGGACCUGGUCACCAUGAAGAAACUGGACAGCAAGGUCAACAUCAUCCCCGUCAUCGCUAAAGCCGACACCAUCUCCAAGAGCGAGCUGCACAAGUUCAAGAUCAAGAUCAUGAGCGAGCUGGUGAGCAACGGCGUGCAGAUCUACCAGUUCCCCAUCGACGACGAGAGCGUGGCCAAGAUCAACACGGCCAUGAACGGUCACCUUCCCUUCGCUGUGGUGGGCAGCACGGAGGAGGUGAGCGUCGGGAACAAGAUGGUGAAGGCCAGGCAGUACCCAUGGGGCGUCGUUCAGGUGGAGAACGAGAGUCACUGUGACUUCGUGAAGCUGCGUGAGAUGCUGAUCUGUGUGAACAUGGAGGACCUGCGCGAGCAGACGCACAGCAGACACUACGAGCUCUACAGACGCUGCAAGCUGGAGGAGAUGGGCUUCAGAGACACCGACCCCGAGAGCAAACCCGUCAGUCUUCAGCAGACGUACGAGGAGAAGCGGCAGGAGUUUGUGGGCGAGCUGCAGAGACGAGAGGAAGAGAUGAGACAGACGUUUGUGCAGAGAGUCAAAGAGAAAGAGUCUGAGCUGAAGGAUGCUGAACGAGAGCUGCAGGGGAAGUUCGAGCAGCUGAAGCGGAUGCAUGCGGAGGAGAAGAGUAAGCUGGAGGAGAAGCGCAGGAGUCUGGAGGAGGAGAUGAGUGUCUUCAGCAAGCGCAGAGCUGCCAGCGAGCUCCUGCAGGCGCAGACCUUCAACACCAGCAGCAACAACAAGAAGGACAAGGACCGCAAGAACUCUGGACUCAUGUGAAGGCGACACAGAAACAGCAUUACGGUACUGUAUCACGGACACCUCUGAAGAACUUCACCUCGGUGCCUAAAUACCAAUGGUUUCUUAUGAGCACAAUGCAGAUGUUUAUCACAGAAUAUGAUCUUUUGAGAACGUUAUCUACUAUUUUUACUGGCAAGUGUAUGAUUAUUCUGCUGGAGACUUGUGUUUUUAUGGUUGUGGAGGGCUAAAAACAUUAAUCAGAAAUAUACUAUAGUAGUCUACCACAAAUGUUUACCGUAUUGCAUUUAUUUUCACAUUUUAUACUCAUGUUACAUGUAUUUAUACAGUGUUAUUUUGGGUGAUGUUUUAACCAAAUAAACUUGUAUUUUUCUGCAGACUGUA